GAAGAAUGUAUGGAUUAAACAUUUGGAAGAGGAGAAUGAAAAAUUAGAGAAGAAGGCUAAGACAUUCGAAAGAUUAAUGCAAGAAAUAAGAGAAGAAGAGAAUGUAUCAGUUAUAAGUAAAAAAGGUGGUAAAGAGAAGAAGUAUGAAGAGUUAUAUAAAAGAGUAAAAGAUGAAGAAUGGUUAAAAGAGAAAGAGAAAGAACCGGUUGAACAGAGAUGGUAUUGGG